AUGCCGUGUGACGGCUGCAUGGAGAGGGACAAUGUGAGCAGUAGCGCAACCAUGGAGUUCCUCCUGCUCGGCUUCUCCGAGCUGCUCCAUCUGCGGGUCCUGCUCUUCCUCACCUUUCUCAUUGUUCAUUUGGUCACACUGGCAGCGAACGCGAUGAUCUUCAUGGCCGUGGUGAUGGAGCCCUCACGUCCCCCCAUGCUUUUCUUCCUCGGCCAACUCUCUGCCGUGGAGCUCUGCUACACUUUAGUCAUCGUGCCCAAGGCGCUGCUCGGCCUGGCAGCGGGCGGCAGCCCCAUCUCCGUGCCGGGCUGUGCCGCCCAGAUGCACCUCUUCGUGGCCCUCGGCGGGGCCGAGUGCUUCCUGCUGGCAGCCAUGGCCUACGACCGCUACGUGGCCGUCUGCCAGCCCCUGCGCUACGCCGCCCUCAUGGAGGGGCUGUGCCUCCGCCUGGCUCUGGCCUGCGCCCUCGGAGCCUUCGCCAUCGCCCUGGGCCUGACGGUGGCGGUGUUCCGCCUGCCCUUCUGCCAGGCCCGCCGCAUCGACCACUUCUGCGAUGUGCCCGCCGUGCUGCGCCUGGCCUGCGCGCGGGGCUACGCCGCCCAGCUGGCCCUGCUGGCGGCCUGCGUGCUCCUCCUGCUGCUCCCCUUCCUCCUAAUCCUGGCCUCCUACCUCUGCAUUGCUGUGGCUUUGUUAGGCGUCGCCUCCCCCGUGGGAAGGGGCAAGGCCUUUUCCACCUGCGUUUCGCACCUGGCCAUCACCUUACUGCACUACGGCUGUGCCACCUUCGUCUACAUUAGUCCCAAGUCCAGUUACUCGCCGGCUCGGGACAAGGUGGUGUCUCUGGUCUACACCAACAUUACUCCUUUAAUGUAUCCCCUCAUUUAUAGCCUGAGGAACAAGGAAAUCAGAGGGAUCCUCAGGAAAAUGCUGAGGAGGAAGAAAAUGGUGAACUGGGAUGCUAUCAGAGUUGUGAUGUGUGUGUGGGGUAAAUUUUUGCUUGUUGGAAAACAGCCCCAUAACCAGAUCACCUAUAGGCUUCACUAA